AUGUCGCAUAUACCUAAAUCAACGAAGCAAAACCUAUCGAACAGUUCGCCCAGUCAAAUCGACAAAAACAAAAAAGUAUUUAUCACCCCGAACAGCUACGCCGUACUUAACACCGAUGAAGACAAUGUACUCACCACACCUUCAACCAGCACCACGAAAGAUCCGGACAGUCCACCUCAAAAAGCUCACAACGCUAAGCCCGUGGCCCCUCCUAUCCACAUCAAAAACAUUUCCAACUUCUCAGCAUUCAACACCAUCGUAAAAAAACAACACAUAAAACAGAUGCCCAUUAUGUCUUGA